AUGGCUGCCGAGGGACGCGGCCCCCGCGCCCAGCUCUGGGCGGCGGCGCUGUUCCUGCUCGGUCUGCCGUGCCUCUCCGUGCGGGCGGAUGGGAAGCUUUUUGUGCUGGAGUCUCAGAAUGGCUCUCGGGGCCUAGAACUGGAGGUGGCUCGGCUUUCCUGCAAGAGCAGGGGUGCUCACCUGGUGUCUGCGGAAGAGCUGCGGAGGGUGGUCCAGGAUUGUGCCUUUGCAGUGUGCACCACCGGCUGGUUGGCAGAUGGCACCCUCGGGACAACCGUGUGUAGCAAAGGGAGCAAUGAACAGCAAAUCACGAGAGCCGUUGAUGUGAGAAUUGAAAGCAACCCAGUUCCUGGUGGCACGUACAGUGCCCUUUGUAUUAAGGAUGAAGAGAAGCCGUGUGGAGACCCGCCUUCGUUCCCACACACCAUCCUGCAGGGCCGCACGGGCCUGGAGAUGGGGGACGAGCUGCUGUAUAUGUGCGCCCCGGGCCACGUCACGGGCCACCGCGAAACCGCCUUCACCCUACUGUGUAACGGCUGUGGGGAGUGGUACGGCCUGGUGCAGGUCUGCGGGAAAGAUGCAGCUGAGGCACAUAUUGACUAUGAGGAUAAUUUCCCGGAUGACAGAUCCGUGUCAUUCAGAGAGCUCAUGGAGGACUCGCGGACAGGGGCAGAGGAGGACAGAGGUCCGGGAGAGGCCUCUGAGGAGGCUCCGAGACAGGACCAUCUGGUCUCCAUUUCUGUGGGGAGAGAAAACAUAGCCCAGGAUACAGCCUUUGUGCCAACUACAGGCUUGUCCAUCACGGGAAGCAGUGUCCCCACAGACCUGCCAGGAUCCCAGCUAAACCAGAAGUACUUGUUCUGGUUUCCUGCUGAGAACUUCCACAAGCCUGAGCUGGAGAAGGAGAUGAAUGAUGGCACCAAAAAGCAGUUUCCGGCUAGAGACAACCAUAGUAGCCCAACACCAGCUCCAGGUGAACCUGAAGCCGAGGUGAUCUAUAGCAGCACUCAUGGUCCUUUGGGGCCAUUCUUGGGCAGGACUGACAGCAAGACAGGGGACCCAAUGGUGAGCAGCAGUGAUGAGUCCUGGUUAGAUGGCUACCCUGUGACUGAUGGGGCUUGGAGGAAGACAGAGGCAGAAGAGGAGGAAGAUGGGGACAAGGGAGAUGGGUCAGUAGGGCUGGAAGAGAGGGUUCCCAUUAGUCCUAAUCAGCCCAUUCCUGUAGAAGUUAAGAAGCCCAGGAGUACCACCCUCACACCAAGUGACGACAUGACCCGUAGUUCAGUUCUUCCCUCUCAAACACCAGACGUAGAAGCUUUGGCUCUCAGACCAGUGAAUGUGUCUGAAACUGAGAGUCCCAGCAAGGGAGAUGGUGACUUGACCAGGUACCAGUCAACUGUUCCCUGGAGCUUUGCCACAGAGUCAUCUCCCAUGGCCACCCUACCCUAUGAACUCACCAGCCCUACCCUGGGGACAGUGACAACUGCUGUCCAGCAGAUGCCGAAUCGCAUUCCCUCAACUAUCAUGGCGGCCAGCCAGACUCCAGGGGAAACCAUUGCUACUGAGGUCCAGGAGAGUUUCCCAUACCUGCUGUCUGAGGAAUUCUUGGGACGGGAAAGCCCUGGCCCAGGUGCAGGUAAAGAGCUUCUUCCAAGUGUGGAGCCGUGUAUAGGGGAUGGGUGUCCCGGCCUCAGCGGAGGCCCUAUCAUUGCCACCACUGUCACUGUCCUGUGUCUGCUGGUGCUCCUGGCAGGCGUGGGGGCAGUGUGGGGCCACCGCAAGUGCCAGCACAAGAGCUCCGUGUACAAGCUAAAUGCUGGGCAGCGGCAGGCACGGCACUACCACCAGCAGAUUGAGAUGGAGAAGGUCUAG